CGGGGCCCCGUUUGCAGGCGGAACCUUUCGAUUGUUGCUGCCCCCCCCCCUUUUGAUCCAGCGUCACUCUCUCCGCCGUAGCCGCCGCUGCCCAGAUCCUGGGAUACGUAUGCGAAGCUGGGCUUUCCAUUACCAGAACUCGUCUGGCUGGAGGGGGACACUUCGCUCCCGAGGAAAGAGUUUUUCCUUCCCCGUGCUCCGACGAGUGGGCUCUCUCGGCGCUAAGAGAACUUCGGGCGAGUCAGCCGGGUUGGAACAAGCAAGCUUUGCUUGCAAACUUUUUUUUUAAACGUGCCCCCGGCAGCUCCACUCCAGCAUGUAAAAGGACGUGCCAGCAACGGCCUCUUUCUGUCGAAACGCGUCCCCGUCUGUCCCCGUCACCACGGUUGCACAGGUUGCGCGGAGAAGGAUCCCUGUACCGCUUUCCCCAGAGGAGUGAUGCUAAUCAGAGAAGUCCUGCUGCUCCUUCAGUGUUGCUGGCCUUCACUGCUGCUGCACUGGACACUCCAUCCCUUAUGGGGCUUCAUUCAGAUCACUCAGGGUGAGCCCCAGAAAUCAUGCUCCAAACCUGUAGCAGAGAAAGUUACUGACAGCUGCCAACAUAUCUGCCAAUGUAGACCUCCUCCAUUACCACCACCACCACCUCCACCACCACCACCAAGGUUGCUUGGGAUCCCGUCUCCCACCCCUCCUGUUUGCCCAACUGGAGAACCCUGGUGGCCAGGCCCGGUUAUAAUUAUUGCAGCAUGCUGCACCACACCAGUGUUCCUCUUUCUAGUUUUCAUCAUUUGCUACAAAGCCAUAAAAAGGAAACCACUGAGGAAAGAAGAGAAUGGAACAAGUCAAGCUGAAUAUGCAAUGACCUCUUCCCAAAACAACAAGGAAGUUGACACUAACAAUGCAGUGGUAUAAUUUCUGAAACUCUCCCUUGAAUGGUAAACCUUCAAAGCACAGACAGUAUAUGCAAGAUGGGUGAAAAGCAGCAAUGAGAGAAGCCCCGUGGCCAAGGUCUUCAUUUCAGAAAACAGCACACACAUGGAGAAGAAAAGCAAACGACUCCUCUUUGGCAUGCUGAUUGUCACAAAUGGAGGGAUAAACUUGUCAGUCAGGGUUGCUCUGAGAAAAGACUUCACAGAGGCAUAGUCACUGCAUGCCGCGUAAUUUGAAAGUGCCCGGCCUCCUUUCUGUCUUUCUGUCUUUCUUUCUGUCUGUCUGUCAGUCUGCCUGCCUCUCUCUCUCUCCCUCUCUCUCCCUCUCUCUCCCUCUCUCUCUCUCUCUCUUUUCCCUCCCUCUUAUUUUGAUGGAUCAUUAAAAAUUGUGCUCUAGUAGGAUCCUCCUAUGGUGAAGGUGUUUUGUCCAAGACAACAGCAUACUGUAAUUGGGUCUGAAAAUGUAAGCUUUGCUAGCAUGGCUUUGCUUUUCGUUUAUCAUUUACAAGUCAUAGCCAUUCUUUAUUGUGAUUGCACUGUUAAGUGGGAAAGUUUCUCUUAACCCCUCCAUGCAGCCUCCCCACAAAUUGCACGAUCUUAUGAAAUACACACCUUACACCUACAGCCUGGUGACUAUGCAAUUUCCACGGCUGGAGAAUUUUCGGGCCGAAAUUAGUCACAGUACAUUCCAUACCAAUUAGUAUUGCUGAUCAAAGAGAAAAUUAUUAUAGGUAAUAACAUUUAAAGGUGCUUUGAAUACUAUACUGUUCAUCCACAGUCUUAUUUCCUGCCUCCCCUCUUUUUUUCAUUGCCUUAUAGUGUUUUUGCCCCAGGUUUAAUAAGUUCCACAUCUAUGUUCCUCAGUUACUAUUCUGCACAAUUUUGCACUUAUAUUGAGACCACAUGGAUCUGUAGGCGGGAUCUCUAGAGUGGCUUGGAAAGGAAAACUAGCUGCAAAGAAAAAAGAAAAGGUCCUUGAAGUCCUCCUCAGCAUUCUUGCAAGCUCAGAUUUCUCAAAGCUUUCCUAUUGCCUGGUAUUUCUUAUUUCCUCUUCCAAGGGACUUCUUCUGAGAAAAGGACUCUCCACUUAAGAAAGCUGUGAUAGCUCAGUCCUCUCUCUCGACAAAGGACUGCCAACUGUGCCAAAUUACUUGUGAUAGCUGUGUGUUGUACCACUUUGUGAUAAGGACUGCAAACGACUUAAAAGCCAAAUCUGCCAAA